UAAUAAACAUGCACAGAACGCGGUUAGAUCUUUUAGGUUUGCUGGUCUGUGGGCUGGUUAUACUGGCACAUCCAAGCGGGUCAUGCGAAACCACGACGUCGACGACAGCCACAAAGGACUGGUGGGAAAAUGCGCAGUUUUAUCAGAUAUACCCGCGAUCCUUCAUGGACUCCGACGGCGAUGGGAUCGGAGACUUAAAUGGCAUCACCAGUAAGCUGGAGUACCUGAAGGAUCUGGGCGUUACGGCAGCUUGGCUGUCGCCCAUUUUCACCUCGCCCAUGGUGGACUUUGGCUAUGACAUAUCCGACUUCUUUGACAUUCAGCCGGAAUACGGAACCCUCGAUGACUUCAGGGCUCUCAUCAAGCGGGCCAACGAGUUGGACCUGAAGAUCAUCCUGGAUUUCGUGCCCAAUCACUCGAGUGAUGAGAACUCUUGGUUUGUAAAAUCAGUGAAUCGCGAGAAGGGCUACGAGGACUACUACGUCUGGCAUGAUGGCAAGGUGAAUUCCACUACUGGAGCGAGGGAACCCCCCUCCAACUGGCUGCAAGCUUUCCGAGGAAGUGCCUGGGAGUGGAAUGAGAAACGUCAGCAGUACUACCUGCACCAGUUCGCGGUGCAGCAGGCUGAUCUGAACUAUCGCAAUCCCCUGGUCGUGGAGCAGAUGAAGCGAGUGCUCCGCUACUGGUUGGACCAAGGCGUUGCCGGCUUCCGCUGCGAUGCCGUACCAGUGCUCUUCGAGAUCGAGCCGGAUGCAGAUGGUCAGUAUGCCGAUGAGGAACUUAGCGGGCUCACGGACGACGUCGAGGACCGCAAGUACCUAAAGAGCGAUCUCAUCGAAAACCGGCCGGAGACCAUUGACAUGGCCUACCAAUGGCGCGUGGUGAUGGAUGACUACCAGCGUAUCCAUGGUGGCGAUUCGAGGGUGCUCCUCAUCGAGACAUAUGCCCCGCCCGCCUACACAAUGCAGUUUUACGGAAAUCGCUCAACGGCCGGUGCCCAUCUGCCCUUUAACUUCAACCUGAUUACGGUACUGGCCAGCGAUGGUGUCUCUGCCGGAUCCAUAAAAACGGCAGUGGACAACUGGUUGGACAACCUGCCCGCCGGACGCGUCGCCAACUGGGUAAUAGGCAACCACGACCAGCGUCGGGCAGCCAGUCGAUAUGGAACUGCCAACGCGGAUGCCAUGAACAUGCUGGUCAUGGUCCUUCCCGGAGCUAGUGUCACCUAUCAGGGCGAGGAGCUGGGUAUGACCGAUGGCGAGAUAAGCUGGGAAGACACCCAGGACCCGGCGGCCUGCAACUCCAACUCGGACAUCUACGAGCAGUUCACACGCGAUCCCUCACGGACUCCCUUCCAAUGGACGAGUGGCACCAACGCCGGGUUCUCCACUGCAUCCAAGACUUGGUUGCCACUGGCAGCAGGCUACCAAACGCUGAAUGUGGACGCGGAGCAGGCGGCUCAGCGCUCUCAUCUGAAGAUCUACAAGGCUCUGGUGGAGCUGCGGAAAUCUUCGCUGGCGCUGCAGAAUGGAUCCACCAAAUACGGAGUGGUUGGCGAGAAUGUGUUUGUGGUGAAGCGAUACAUCUCCAGCUCUGCAUCCAUAAUUUAUGUGGCCAACUUUGCCAGCAAGGGUGUCACUGUGGACUUAUACGAAUUCGACAAGACGCUGCCCACCCACCUGACGCUCCUCAUCCGCAGCCUGCAGUCCUCGAAGGCGGAAGGCUCCCUGUUCGAGGUCACCGGAUUGAGUCUGGCUGCCGGCGAGGCCUUGGUAUUGAGCAGCAGCAGCUCUUCCCGGUUUGAUUAAAUGGCGGUUUGAUUCCCAGCAGGCGCACUUAAGUCAGACUGAGUCAGGCCACUCAAUCGGUAUUUAUCUUCGGCUCAAAGCAAAUAUGCCGUGGCUUGCAUAAAUAAAUAUAUAAGUGAAAAACCAGACAAACAACCCACUCCACCCCAGAAACAGCGCACAUAUCCUGAAAUCUACCCCACCCGGAUAAGCUCGAGUGCCCGGCAUACUCUUUUAAUUCCCACUCGGCGGCGGGCUCGGCAUUUAAAGUGUUUACACACAAAUUAAAGUCAAGCAAAAGUUCCGGCCCGCUAAGUAUUUGCUGUACAACAUUGUGUGUGCUACACACAAUGUACACACCAUACACCAUAUAGACUAGGCCUAAAUUCGGGGAUGUUGGCCUGGCCCCCAGCAUCGCGAGGCACUUUGAAGUCGGGAAAGUCGAGAGCGGCUUCCCAAGUUCAGCCAGAUAGAUGGGGAGGUUUUCAUAGCACGAUUUAUUGCCAAUCUCGGAAAUUCGUGAAGCAGCCCUGCAGUAUUUACUCUUGGAGGACAGGCGAGGGCAGAACUUCAAUUGCGUUAUUAAUAAUUAAAUUGCGUUUACACAUGGUAAUUGGCAGACGUCUUGCGCUGCCCGGGCAUCAAGUGUGGUGCGUCACUUUUAGAGCCUUGCUUCGCUAAACACACACACCUUUGCGGCCAACUUGAGUUGGCUAAGAAGCUGGGUAGAAUGCCUUGAUCCGCCUAACACAACAACUUGGCAUUUACGACUUGUGCGGCAGGAGUGACGAGAUGGAGUUACGCAGCAAAUGCACAAAGCGCUUGCCUCGAAAUCUUUACAAAUUAUUUACUCCCUUUGGG